AUGAAGAUUACUCUGCCUAACGCUACAAACGCGGACUCACUUAAAGUCCUUCCUCGCUUGGAGGAUCUCGUUUAUAUAAAGCGGUCAGGCGUCUAUGAAGGAAUGGGCCAUCCAAUUGUGGUUAUCAUGUUCAAUAGCAGAUCCAAUUUCUCUCAAGACUCCUUGCGUGUGAUCGCGAAUGCUCGUGAACUGAUGCCAAUGGUCUACUUCCUCGCCAUCUCUAUUGAGCAUCCGACCGAUUUACAGGACACCGUGCAUAAAAUUUCGUAUCUUCAUCGCAUUAGCGUUGCUAGUGAUGUCCAAGGCUGUUUUGCAGCAUUCAUGAAGCGAAAUGGUAUUACUCUUCUCCCAGCAACAAUGGUAUUCAACCACAUGCAGCGACUUGUUUGGUCUGGGCAUGCGCAAAGCCAGAACUUCGUGUAUGCGCUGCAGAGGCUACGGGUGUCAUGUAAUCUCUCCAUCCCUCCUAUCUUAACAAAUGACGUCCUUCAGCUUCCCAUUUUCCCUGUUUCGGAGCGUGUCACACGUCCCUCAUGGGCCUUUAGUAGCAGGGGUUCCGGCCCUAAUUCCAGCCACACAUCAGACGAGCACCUACGACAUAGUGUAAGUGGGAGUGACCGUGUCUUAGAUCCACUUCCUACGCUGGCAGAUGUUACCAGAGCACAGAGUACAUCACAGCACGCAGCAUCUAGAGCGGCCAGGCCGCUGAACUCGCAAUCUCUUGUUCAGAGGUCGUCCAGCAACUUCCAAGUCCGCCAUUCUGGCCCUGCCGACAGCCUCAACAAGGUCUUCGGGGAAAUCCUUAUCCACAGCGAUAGAAUAUACCCUGCUCUCCCUUACAAGCCCUCCUUUAUUCCUGAUAAUCCCAUGAACGAUAAGAUGGGACUGGAGCGGCUCUUCAACAUGUCUAAUAGGCUCCUCUGCAAGAUCAAGUGA